AUGAAUGAGGAUCGAGAAGAUCAAAUAUGGUGCUAUUUUCACCCAAGAGAGAUUGUCAUAGGAAUAUGUGCCUCCUGCUUGAGAGAAAGGCUCUUAGUCUUGGCUUCAAAGCAAAAGCACCAUCAUCACCAUCAUCAUCAUCAUCAUGUGCACCAUAUUCAUACACCCAAGAAAGCACUUCCAAAGAUUUUCGCUCUUAGUAGCUUGAUCGAUCCUUUGGAUGUUACGCACCAAAAAUCAGAUGAUCAUGCUUUGGAUGAUUAUAGUUCUUCAACUAGUCAUGAAGACUCCUUUAUAUCAAUCAGAUUUGAAGGCAAUGAAGUUGCCUCAUGGGACAAAGGCAAAACUUCCAAACUCCCAAAUGAGAACAACCAAAUCAGACAUCCUCAGCAAAAUGACCAUAACACCCUUAACAAGGCAAAAAAGAUGAUCAAGAGUGUGGUGGAGCACAAGAAAACACGCACCACGCUGAGGUGGCGUAAGCCGAUUGGCCACCUGCUCCAGCUCAUCAGGUGGAGAAGGUCAGCCAGCAGAGGCAGUGGAGGAUCCCAUGUGGGCAAAAGGCUUGAAGGGGCAAAAGUUAAACAUGGGUGGAUAAGAAUUCUUACAAAGAGAAGGACCAAAGAAUAA